AUGGCACAAGGAUGCAUCUUUAGCUCAUUAGAAAUUAGAGGUGCUUACAACGUUAGCUCCAUGGACGUCAUGCGUGGAGAUCUUUCAACAUCGCAUCCUAAAGCAAGUCAGAUAUUGAGACAAACAUUAGCUCAACAAGCAUUACUGCAAUGGGAUCUGUUAUCUGAACUGUUCUCUAGUCAAGAACGCAAUCUGAAGAUGGAGAAUCUUGCAUUACGGGAUGCACAAGCUCUUGAUCCUGAAAGAUAUGGCAGUGGGAAAGACACAUUUGGCAAAACCGAUCGCAAUACACAAAUUUCUGAUACUCCAGGUACUGGUCCCAUCACUGGGAUGCCAGAUUUUACAACACCACUUACCUUGCUCGGUGGCCCGAAGAAGAGAAGAAAGCUUUCGGAUGAUGUGGAAGAUGAGGUAUGA